AUGGAUGCAUCAUGGGAUCCUUCUUUUCUCCCUAAGACGCCUCUUCCUGCAGGCUUAUUGCCUUCUGGCUAUAACUUUCAAGUUGAGAAGUUCGAUGUUACUAUAGUACGAUACAUCGCUGAAGGUGGUUUCUCCCAUGUUUAUCUCGUAAAGGUGCGCGCGCCCGGUGAGGCUACUCGAGAAGCUGUGCUGAAACGCAUAUUUGCUACGGAUGCUCUUGCUCUUAAGGCUGUCUAUGAAGAAGUGAAUACUAUGAAACUGGUUUCAAAUCACAAACGAUGUGUUUCUUACUACGGAUCUGAAUUCUUUUCCGCCGGAAAGAGUCGAUUUGAAUCCCUCGUAUUAUUAGAAUACUGCUCUGGGGGUGGUUUAAUUGACUUUAUGAACAGCAGAUUGCAAAUUCGAUUAACCGAGUCAGAAAUACUAAAAAUUGCUUCUCAUGUUACAGAAGCUGUGGCUUCAAUGCAUUAUCUCCGUCCUCCACUUAUUCACAGAGAUCUGAAAAUAGAAAAUGUUUUGCUGGCAGCUCCUAACUUUUAUAAACUUUGUGAUUUUGGCAGUGCUUGCCAUCCAAUUCCGAGUCCGAAAACACCGGUUGAAAUUCAACAAGUUGAAUAUAAUGUUGAGAAAUUUACAACUUGGCAAUACAGAUGUCCUGAAAUGCUUGAGUUGCGUCGGGGUUAUGGAAUUGAUGAGAAAAGUGAUAUAUGGGCUUUGGGUAUUUUGUUUUACAAAUUAUGCUAUUAUACUACUCCUUUUGAACAGCAAGGUCCUCUUGCUAUUUUGAACGUGAACUACGUGUUUCCCCCGUUGCCUUCCUACUCUAGUCGCCUAAAACGCUUAAUAUCUGCUUUACUGCAGCCUAAUCCAUGGCAGCGGCCAAACAUUUAUCAAACCUUGACAGAAAUUUGUCAUAUGCAAAAUGUACCUGUACCGAUAAAGGAUAUAUACGACGGCAGAAAUUCGUCAAGUUGUAAUCCUUCUGGUUCUGAGUAUUUACAAAUAGCCUCAAAUGUGGAAAAUAGUAGGCUGCAUCCUAGUCAGUCAAUCGGAGCAAUACACACAAACUUACCGCGUAUGUCUCGUCAAGGUGUCCCCGCUGCCGCAGCUAUCCCAAUGUCUUCUAACUCGGGACUUAAUCCGGGGAAGCCGCCUUUUCCUUUGACAAAGCCGAAACAGCAUGGCUCAUUGGCUGCAAAGGUUCCACCUAAACCAUUUCCAUCCGCUCUUGGUAGAAAUGUUUCAUCAUCUCCUUUUGAUAAAAAUGCACAGCCAUCACCUGCAAAGGCCAAAACACCGGAACUCACUAGUAUAAAAGCAGCCAAUCCUCCUAAAGCGACUUUGGAUAUAGCAGAUAACGUUUUUUCUUCCACCUACCGUAACCCUCCAGGAAAGGAAGAAAGGGACUCAGACAAAUCGACAUUUGCGAACGCGGUAAUGACUCAAAAGUCUUCUGAGUCGGCGUCUUCGUUACCGGUCUUAACAGCGCCUAGAUCCGAGUCUCCGCCCAAGGUGAAUUCACUUAUCAGUAAAUGGAAUAAUGUUGCACGCCCACAAUCAUUACCAAAUUUAGAGAAUCGUCGAUCUGUACCACAGAUUCCUCGUAAACCCGGUUAUUUAUCUGGAAAUAGUCAAUCUUCAAUGAGCUCGCCGUUUCCUCAAGCCUCUAUAUCAGUAAACCACCUUCCUGAACCCAAGAAACCAAACAAACCAUCUUUUGAAUCGUGUCCGGAAAAGCGAAAAAUAGAUGCUCAUUCAAUCCCACCAAUUGAGUCGGAUGAAAAGGUUGAUUCUAUAGGAAAUGUUAAAGAAGGUGAUCCACCAUUCGUAAGUAUCACAGAAAGAAUGAAUCAAUUGUUAUCAGGAAAGGAGUAUCAAAAGGCAUCAGUCGAAGGAUAUGGAAAAUAUACGGAUCGCAAUACAAUUACUAAAUAA